CGCACAACAACGCGACCCUCUCCGCCAGUCGGACGACCACACCGACACGCGUCCGUUUGCUGCCGAUCGAUUAACCCGCGUCUUUGGCUCGCCGCCGACCAGUUGUUUUGUUAUUGUUCGACGCGUUCUCAACCGCCGCCGCCAUCGGAGAUACGGACCACGACCGGUGGACGACACGCGACCGCCCGCCCGCCCGCCGAUGACGACAGCGGUACAUCCAUCGUCGUCCCGGUAGACCGGCCGCUGUUCACCGAGAACGUGUAUACGCUCUUCAACGUUCGCCACUACAUCGAUAAAAAUGCAGUUAGAAAUGAAUUAUUGGUACAUACGUGAAUAGUAAUAUAAAAAAAAAAAAAAAUUAUAUAAAAAUAUGGCUAGAAUGUUGCAAGAGAAUGUUGUUACCUAUAAAACGCCAGCUUUGGCACAUAUAUUCCACUCAUUUCCACAUUUAAAUGUUAGUGGUCACCAUGUUAAUUCUGCAUUUGCACCACGAAGUGAACUUUAUUUGGAAUCCCUUGGUAUUUUGGGUUCAAUUCCUUCUGUUUGGUUGAUAAUAACAAUGUUUUUAUUGUUAAUCUAUCUUAUGACAAGAUGCUGUGAUCGAAAACCUAGACCAAGGCAUAGUAUUGUUGUGCUCAAAUGGACCUUAGCAAUAUUUACUGUUUUAUCAUGUGGUGCUGUUGGAGUUAGUUUAUAUGGUAAUGAUGAUUUACAUAAUGGAGUUGUUCAAUUUCAGACAUCAGCAAGAGCCUUAGAUGAUUUAAUUAUUAGUGUUAAAAAUCAAACUUUAGAUAUAGAAAUAUUGCUUCAAGUCAACAUUCAUGAUAAAUUAACGAGUAUUGAAGAUAUUAUUGAUUUACCAGUUCCUAAUUUGACUGCUCGAGCACAAAUUGUCACAGCUCUUAACACAUUAAUUGGUAAUGCAGCUUCAACAUUGACUAAUAUCCGUGGAAUCAGUAGUUCUUUGCGUGGAGUUUAUCUUACUUCAUUUAUUGAUGAUGUUUAUUUAAUGGAAAGCAUAAGAUGGCCACUGACUAUGGGAGUUCUUAGUAUUCUGUUGGUAUUCUGUGUCAUACUUUUGUUUGGAGUAGCUAGACAUUCUCGUUGCGCUUUAAUCAUGUUUUCUGUUUUUGGGCUAUUUGCUGUCAUCAUAUCCUGGCUUACAGCAUCAAUUUACUUAACUGCUGCAGUUGCAUUGGGUGAUUUUUGUGUGAAUCCUAAUGAAUGGUUGGAACGUGAUUGGACUCCAUCGUCAUUGCGUCCAGAUACAUUGUCUUUCUAUACCACAUGUGAAGGCAGUAACAAUCCUACUGGAAGCACACGGACCAAUCCAUUUGGUAUGGCUAUACGCCAUGCAUCAACUUCAGUAGAUGCAACUAAUUACCAGCUUGAUAUUGUCACACGUCUUGCCAAAACUUUAUAUCCUCCUUCGACUACAAAAGAAGACAUGCCAUUAUUAUUACAACGAAUAAGAAUGGAUGUUGAAAAUGCUGCAAGAAUGGUUUCUGCUUUACCUGCUUCACUUGAAUGUCGACAAAUACAUGUUCAAUACAAUCGAGCUUUACAUGCAACUUGUGAUCUUGCCCUGUUUGGAUUGGCAUUAAUGUUAGUUGCUAGUAUAGUGUCUGGAAUAUUCUUUACAAUACUGGUGUGGCUUGACUCUCACACAUGGAUUUACAUUAGAAAGAAGCAAGAUUAUGCUAAAGCUGAAGAAAGAGAUCCUUUCCUUGGACGUCCUGGCUCUACAGCAAGCAGUUCACAGUCACAUGGACAUCAAAUGACUACACUUACACGAAACCAAGGACCUAGAGAUGAAUAUGGAAUGGGUAGCGGCAUAGCAACUUUAAAUGGCCGUAAUGGUGGUUACAUGCACGAGGGUGGUCCAUCAAAAGUUGGGCCGCAGUAUGCUACCUUAAAUCGUAAAUUCCGUACACUCGAACAUCCUAGUGCUCGUGGUGCUCCACAUCCUCCACCUUCAUUCCGUGGUGUUCCUACCUAUUCCAAUACUUUAGGAUAUAACCGCAAACCUAACCAAUCUAAUGAUCGCCAAUAUUCUACAUUAAGCCGUAAAUGCAAAACAUUAGAAUCCUCAGAUUUCUACUGAAAUGAACCGACCUCUGCCGAACAAACACAAAUAUCAACUAUUAGUGGCAGUUCACUAUCAACAUUUGCGAGACCUUCACCUGUUCCUGAUACUUCCUAUCAAAUUACAGAGUUGUAAAGGUCCGUAAAUAUUAACAGUUAUUUUUUAAGGCCUUUAAA